AUCCAUUCUGACCGUCUGCUUACACAUAUUCACCCACCCAGAUAUCUUCCAUCAUCCACAAUGCAUACGACCGAGAAGAUACCCAGCUUCCUAUCUCGCCGGAAACCCAGCAAUGAUUCAGAACACGUACCCCCACCACCCGAUGGGGGAGUCCAAGCCUGGACCCAAGUCGUGUGUAUGCACUUCGUAUUCUUCAACACCUGGGGGAUCACCACUAGCUUCUCCGUCUUUGAGCAAUUAUACACCAAGACCCUACCACAGUCAGCAUCCUCUAUCUCCUGGAUCGGCAGCGUCCAGGUAUCUCUCCUGUUCUUCCUGAGCGCCCUUGCCGGACGCGCAACAGACGCCGGCUUCUUCAGAGUCAUGUACCCACUCGGGGUCCUGCUCCAGCUCGUGGGAAUCUUCAUGCUUUCUCUGUGCAAAACCUACUGGCAAAUCUUCCUCGCUCAGGCGGUAUGCAUGGGUCUCGGCAAUGGACUUACCUUCAGCCCCGGACUUUCAGUCAUGUCCGCCUACUUCAUGAAAAACCGAGCCUUUGCAGUGGGCUUGGCUGCGUCUGGUGCAGCAACAGGGGGUUUGAUAUACCCCGUACUCAUCAACCAAUUGCUCUAUAAUCACCAGAUAGGCUUCGCAUGGACAAUACGCGCAGCAGGGCUUCUCAUGCUAAUUACCCAUAUCUUUGGCCUUGUUUUCUUCAGACCCCGUCUUCCGCCCCGGACCACCGGCCCUCUCAUCGAACUCGGCGCAUUUACCGAGCCACCUUUCGUCUUCUUUACCUUAUGCUACUUCUUCACUUUCUGGGGCCUGUACUUCGCCUGGUUCUAUCUUGGCACCUUUGCCCGAGACCGUCUCGGCAUCGCGGAUACACAGAACCUGCUCCUUGUGUUGAAUGGAGUCGGCAUCGUCGGACGUAUCGGGCCGAGUAUAAUUGGUGAUCGAUGGACGGGGCGAUUAAACAUCUUGAUCCCCAUCACUCUUUCAUGUGCGAUUCUGAUGUUUUGCUGGAUAGCCGUCAGUACUGUUGCAGGGCUGUAUGCGUUUGUUGUUGUGUAUGGGCUCGUGGGUGGCGCCGCGCAAUCGGUGAUCCCUGCGACGGCGACGACCAUGACGCCGGAUAUCAAUCGGACGGGUACAAGGCUGGGAAUGAUCAUGAGUAUUGUGGGGUUUGCUACGCUAACUGGGCCGGCUAUCGAAGGGGCGUUGAUCGCUACCGAUGGGGGGAGGUAUGUGGCGGCUCAGAUUUUUUCGGGUGUGAGUAUUCUGCUGGGCGUGUGUGCGGUUGCGGCGGCGCGGGUGGCUAAGGCUGGGUGGGGGUUGGAUGUGAAGGUGUGAGAAUUGCUGUGAGUGGGCAGUUGGAUAGGUUUGGAACUGGAUGCCUUGCAUUUUUAGUUCUGGCUGGGGGGCUGGCUGAGAAUGUGGGAUUCUUUCUUUCGUCAUUGUCGGAUCAACGGUACCUGUUGAUAAGCAAAU